UCCAUUGGUCAGAUGAGGAAUCUAGAGGAUGCAAUCAUGAACGUUACAUCCAGUCCCUCAUUGGCAGCUGAAGCAUCGAGCACACAGUCAUGAUUUUCUUUCAGAGUAUUGCAAUUUGUUUCUUUCUCUCAGACCUGCACUUGUCUGCCAUUCAUGCACUUGAAACGUGUCAGACCACCUGGUUUGACAAUGGAGAUGUUUCAAGAGAAGGUGACUCGGAGCUCUUGGCUGAUUUGAAAAGGAAACAUGGACUCAGGAUCUGCUCGGAUCCAGUAGAUAUGGAGGCUCAGACGGUUUCUGGGAUAAAGUCUGACCACAUAAGGAACAUCUUCCACACCCACAAUGCAGCCGAGGGCCUUUUGUGCCUCAACAGUGAGCAAUCAUGGAGUCCAUGUGAAGAUUAUAAGGUCAAGUUCACCUGUUCUGGAGAGUUCUGUUCAGAGUGCCAGACAAAGUGGUUUGACCUGGACGACCCUGAAGGGCAUGGAGAUUUUGAGCUCCUGAGUGACCUCCUCCACAAGUUUCCCGGAGACAUCUGCCCCCAGCCAAUAGCCAUUCAAGCCCAAACCGUUUCCACAGACUCUGCCUCCAGUCCACCAGAGACAUUUUUAAACCUAGACGCUAUGUAUGGAUUCGCUUGUUUGAAUGCAGAUCAGGUUGACAAGAGCUGUGAAGACUACAAGGUCAGAUUUACAUGUCCCAAAGAAUUCUGUCAAGCGUCUCAGGAGUGCCGUACACGAUGGCUCAGUAGCGACGAUGACCAAUCAGACGUGGGCGAUGUGGAGUCCUUGUAUCAACUGAUGAAGACUUACCCCGGUCAGGUCUGCAAAAAUCCAAUCCAAAUAGAGGCCAGGACAAAAAGCGGCUUGCCUUCUAAACACACUGGGGACAUCUUUCUCUCCUAUGAUGUUACUUUUGGCUUUGCCUGCAUCAAUGAGAAUCAGAAGAGUAGUAAACAAUGUGAGGAUUAUGAAGUAUUGCUGACAUGUCCCUCAGAUUUCUGUCGGAUUUGCAGAACCGAUUGGUUCGACCUAGAUAAUCCCACCAAUGGUGGUGAUUACGAGACUCUCGUCAAGGUGCAGAGGCUGAACACUGCUGGAGUCAUCUGCGCUCAACCUGUAGCGGUGGAGGCGAUGACAGUAUCUGGCAUCCCAGCACACAAGACUGGUGAUGUAUUUCAAAUGUAUGAUGCUACUCAAGGCUUUGCAUGUGUGAAUGAUGAUCAGCCUGGUGAGAAACAAUGUGAAGACUAUAAGGUCAGAUUCACCUGCCCACCAGAUUUCUGCGCCUGAAUGAGCAGUCUUGUAUUCAUAAGGACAUCAUCAGCUCUCACAAAUUGUUUUGGGAUUCUUUAAAUGGUGUCACUAGUACAAACAAUAAUAUUUAAUGUGUCCACAAUGCAAAGCAGUCUUAUUGAUGUGACUCACUGAGAAUGGGGGCUGUCUGGAACUCUGGAAUCUAUGAAAAAACUAAAGCACACUUUCAAUUUGAAAAGGUCUUACACUUGAGAGAACGUUUUUUUAUUCGGUAUAAAUUAAAUCUAGUACAACUAUUUAAUCAAACAUUGUUCUUAUGACAAGCUGUGUUGCGUCUGCGUGUGACUAUCUAGCGACACCUAGUGGACAUUAUUCAUAUUGCGUUGUCAUGACACUAUGGUAUACUGCAAGAAAGGAAUUUUCCCACAAAUUAGUAUUAUGUGCACACAUUGUAUACAUUUCAUGGCCACAAAUGAGCAUUUUGUGUUAUGUUUUAUCGUUAUUGUGGCAGAAAAAAAAUGAAAUCCCAUGUCACGUCUGCAUGGAUGCGCAAAUGUCAGUGGAUCAAGUGUUUAUUAGAAUAUUGAUAAUUCACAGCAAACAUAAAAGCACAUUGUGCCAUUUGAAAGAAUGUUGACUGUCUUUAUUCCCGUGAACGUGGGCAGUAUUUCAAUUUGGCGAUGUAUUUGCUGCACAAAUUUCAUAAACAGACCUUCUGGUUGAUUGAUUAAGUGAAAAACACAAUUCUCUUACUCUAUCGUACGCGCUUUAGAAUUUGCUUUUUGAAAAAGAGACGUCCGUCACUUCCUACUAUAGCUGCCAUGGUAACAAUUCCUACGUGUGUGCUUUUUUUUUAAAUAUAGGGAGGAAUGAGCUGAGCAGAGGCAUGAGACAAAAAUCUAUUCAAUAUAACCUGAUAUAUUCCUGCAUGUGAAUUAUUUUAGUAGCCACCGCAGUAUUUCUUCUUCUUUUAACAUUCCGUUUUGCACUCGUCCUGCUCCACACACAUUCUUGCACGCUCUGUCCGCGAGCGCUGACCAUCCCAGGAGAGGACAGCAUGAUGUAAACGAGUAGAAGCCCCGAACGCGUCACUUCCGGUGGAAUAUUCCAGCUUUUUGCGCCUUGGUCUUUAAAAAGCUGCGUAGGUGACGCUUCUGCAACGUUGACAGGUAAACGUGCUACUGAUGCCGCUGACAGAAUAAAAAGUUACAACCUAAGGAGACAAAAUAGUAAGCUGACGGUAAACCUAGAGAAAAAACGCACAGUUCCUUAAUUUGUGUGGCUACUUUCUCUACUCCGUUGCAUCCAUUCCAGCUGCUGUGAUUCGGGGAAAGUCAUGAUCCUGUUGACACCAUCCUCCGGUAGGUCCAGUGAUUAUUCAUAAAUCUAAUCUCGAUUAGUGUGCUCUCGUCUAGCCAAUCUGGGGAUUUGUUUUGGUUGAACAGAAUAAAAUGGGAUGGGAGUUAUUAAAUCUGCAUGUAUUUGUGAUGUAAUCCGUGAAUUGUAUAGCCUUGCAUUUGCGUGUUGCCGUUGUAUUAGCUGCAGUAAACUUUAUGUAAUGGUUUCCGUUUUUUAAAUUAUUAUGAUUAUUCCUGUUGUUUUUUUGCACCCCCCCCCCUUUUUUUUUUUUUUUUUUUAAAUGUUACUAGGUAACGUAGUAGGGUUAUGCAACAUGGGACUAUUUGCACUCAUUACGCAGCAAUUCAGAUGUAGAGACAAAAUUGGCUGAAUCUGUUUGGAGUCUGUGCCCGAAAUUAUUUCGAGUGUAUUUCAAAAUGUGACAUUUUUAUCCCAAAAUUCAAUCCAGUAAAGUUAAAAGCAUGCUGUCAGUUAAAAAGUAUUUCUUGGCUGUGUGCUCUUGUCUCAUUCACUGUUUUCUUUCAGAUGAAGAGUCUCUUGAACUGCCCCGCCUUUGGAAUCACACGAAAUUCAGGGUGAAACUUGAUAUACGGGUUGCUAUAAUGCAACAUUUAAAUCUAUAUUGUAACUUUUGAAGUCAUGAUCUGAGCACACUGUCUUGGAUGGUACUAUGACAUGAGAGAAAGCGCUUUUAAAAAAAAAAAUCGAUUGAGAACAUUUUUUUUAUGGGGCAAAGACAGUUUUUUUGGCCAGUGUAAACUGGUGUCAGCUUUUGUUCCAUCUGGCUGACUUAAUGUUGAUGAGCUGUUAUUAUAAC